AUGCAGAGUCUAUCUGGUUUACAGCAGCAGGGAAAAGCAGCUGAUGGAUCGCCCAAUCACUCGGGAGGCCAGGCUUCCACUUCUUCUAAAGAUAAGACGCAAGAUCAAACGGAAAGUCUUCUUUCGAAUCAGCCAAAGGGGAAUAUACUCACGAAUCAUGGUUAUUCCCACAAUAUAAACAUCAUCACGGUCAAAGAGAUGCUAAGCAAGAGGGAGUCAAGACUACAGAUAUUGGAAUGCGAUUCGCCAUUUUUGAAAAAGGAACUGGACGAUAUUAAGUUAAGCCAACAUAAAUUGAAAGACGAUAUCAAAAAGUUACAAAAAUAUAGGGACCGAGAAUAUGCUGGAGGGGUGGUCAGCAUAAGGAAUCGACUAGCCCAGAUUUUUCUCAGCUCAACGCAAAAUGCACAACGUAAACAGCAAAUAGCUAAUCCAAUCGAUGUACGAGUCAAUGUAUACGAUCAAGAUAAAUUAGCAUACGAUGUCAAUUUGUCAACAACAAUAAAUCAAGCUGAUAUGCACCCUGACUACUUUGAUAUCUGUUUAGAGACGGUUUUCGGAGCACCAAAGGAUCUCAUCAAUGAUUUACUUGAAUGGGAUGAGACUCGUGAAUAUCAAGUUUACAGAAUCCUCGGUGACCAUGGAGAAGCUUGGCACAAGGGCUUUGCUAAUACCUGUCCAAAGUCUUUCAAAACAUGGCUGUCAUCAAUAGUUUGUCUUCAAAAAUACGAAUCAGCCAUAUCCCAUGAUACAUUUCCCGAUCUCGAAAUCCUUAUUCAGAAUCAAAAGUAACAGGUCAAGAAAUCAAUUCAAGAAUGGAAUUCAAGUUAUGCAACGGACAGGUCAAAUUUCAGAAAGAAACGAAAGGAAUGUCGAAAGAUAAUUGAGGAAGAUUACAGGGACAGAGGACUGAUUACAUUUAUCAGGGAGAAUUGAUUCCAUGGGGUAAAGUUGGAUCAA